AAGGACCUUGAGUCCAUGAUGCUUGGUGGUCCACAGGUGCCAGGAAUUUGCAUCGGUUGUGGGGUCUCACUGGUUAGAAGUUUCUGGAACUCAUGGACUCCAUGGGGACACUGGGCAGGGAAGCCCCUGGUGGAGAGGGAGGGAAAUUCACCCCAGAGCCAAGCUACUUCCCUGUUUGCACAGUCCCACCAAAUCAGAACUGCCCCGCUUCCUCACAGUGAGAACCUGAGGACUGACCGAAAAACAAGCCAAAAGAAGUUCUUUGGGGCUGUGUCUUCUGCCACCUGUUUUCCUCUCUCACUCUUUGCUUGGACUCACUUCAGAGCAAAGCUUCCUGGUAGCCUUUCCAAAGGGCCUUCAGACUUAGAGCCCCACCACCUAGUGCUUGUGGACACCAGCACCCAGGGAGGGGUCUGCUCCCAUCCUCCUUGGGCCUUUUCAGUCCCGAAGCCUCCGUCGUUCCAGCUGCAUGUCGCCUUCUGUGGCCUGCCUGUUAAACCCGCCUUUCCCUCCUUGUUUUCCAGCCCGCCUAAGCCAACCGUGUUCAUCUCGGGAGUCAUCGCCCGGGGUGACAAGGACUUCCCCCCAGCGGCUGCACAGGUGGCUCACCAGAAGCCUCAUGCCUCCAUAGACAAGCACCCUUCCCCCAGGACCCAGCACAUCCAGCAGCCUCGCAAGUGAAGGAGCACCUGCACCCCGACACCCCAGCAGACCUGGCUUCACUUCCCUGUGACCUCCCCAGUGGAGACCCAGCACCUUCUCCAAGAGCUGCUCAACCUGGGAAAUCUAAGACAAAUCCAAGCACCCCUUCCUUUGUCUUAAAUUUCCAUAUUUAAAAUUAGAAACAUUCAAACCCCAAAUGUGUUCUAGGAGUCUUGGUGGGAUGUCAUUGAAAGAUCCUCGCACCCUCCCCCAGAAGUGCCAUUAGCAGAAUUUGCUGAGACCCAAGUAAAAUGAAGUCCUUCACCCUUUAGCCUAA